CGCGGUGCCAGCCCCAGUAUUUCCUGUCAAGAUGGCGCUGUGCAGAGGAGCGGGCCUGUGGAGGACAUGCAGCAUGUUGUUCCCCGGUGCUGUCCGAACCCAGAGCUCUGUGAGCGGGGACGUGGUGCCGCGGACCUCCCUGUCCAGGCCGCCGUGGCCGGACCCGGUUCCGUUCAGUGAGGAGGAGGAGCGGAGCCGCCACGCUGCGGUCGUCGGUACCGUGAACCGGCGGAUCGAGCAGCGGGACUUCGGCCGGCUGUUCGCCGUCGUGCACUUCGCCGGCCGCCAGUGGAAGGUCACCGCCGAGGACCUGGUUCUGCUGGAGAACCACAUCGCGGCGGGCUGCGGGGAGCGGAUCCGGAUGGAGAAGGUUCUGCUGGUCGGCGCGGAGGACUUCACCCUGAUCGGGAGGCCGCUGCUGGGGAGGGACCUGGUCCGGGUCGAGGCCACCGUCAUCGAGAGGACCGAGUCCUGGCCCAAAGUGCACAUGAGGUUCUGGAAGAGGCACCGGUACCAGCGCAAGAAGAUCAUCAUCCAACCUCAGACGGUGCUGAGGGUCAACAGCAUCCAGCUGGCCCCCACACUGAGCUCAUGA